AUGAAGCUUUUUACGAUUUUUGCAAUUAUCGGUUUUUCUGAAGGAUACAAGAGAAAAUCGGCGAACGUUUGUCAUAAUUACCACGAAAAAGUUUUUGGAGAAGAAAAUGGGGAAAUCGGGAUGAGUGAUUUGACAAAGAGAGAAUAUUCGAUCUUUCCGAGCUUUUUCAGAUGCAAUUGGACCAUUCAAGCGCCAAAGGAUAAAAAGCUUUUGGUAAAAGUCAGUCGAUCUUCAAACGCGGCCUACCCGCGUCACAAGCCGCAAAAAAUGCCUGGAACGUGCGACGAUAAGCUCGCCAUCGCGACCGAAACCGAUAGCUACAAUAUCUGCGGCUUUUAUAGCACCUUCCCGCCCGCUUUUCUUCUUUCAGAAGGUGAAGAAUUGAACUUUUUCUUUUCGACGAUGACUGGUGGACAGAUGACUUGGGAUUUUGACGUCAGCUGGGAGGAAUUGUGGGAUGAGCAGGAAGGUGUGGAGAGGAUUCAAGAAUUGAUGAGUCAUUUCAAGAAGGUGUUGAAGAUGGUUAAUAAGAAACAUUAUUCGAUUAAGUACAAAAUGAAUCAGCUGAGCCCAAUGUUUUCUUCGACAAAUCUCAUCUGCAACUCACCACUCAACCCGUCAAAAUACGGCGCUGCCACCUUCCGAAAUUGGACAAAUACGGUCGAAAAAAGCUCCAAUCCUUGCAAACUCGCAACCUCCAUCAAAACCGGCCUCGAGUUUUUCCUCGACAAUCAUGUCUGCCUCGACGGCGUUUUCAAAUCAAAAGCGGAUAAAUGGAAGUCUUUGGUGGAAAAUUUCAAUGGUGAUUUUUGCGAAAUGAAACACGAAGAAAAACGCUUCGCGAAAAUAAUGAGAAUGGUCAAUCGAGGGUGA